AAUACAACAGGCCACAAAAGCACAAACACUAACACUAACACACACUAUUGACUCUCCCUUCAAUCCACGUUAAAACACUCAUCUAUACCCAAUCUACCAUACAAUCUACCAUUCAAUAUGCCUCUCACACGAACUCACCGUCACACCGCGCCCCGUCGCUCCAUCUUUAGCACCCGUCGCCGUGCCCCGGCCCAUUCUCACCGUCAUACUACAACAACCACAACCACAACCACGAAGCCCCGUCGCCGCGGCAUGUUUGGCGGCGGUGCUGGUCGACGAACUCAUGCCACGACCACUGCACCUGUUCAUCACCACCAGCGCCGACCUUCCAUGAAGGACAAGGUCAGCGGUGCCCUCCUCAAGCUCAAGGGUAGUUUGACUCGCCGACCUGGCGUCAAGGCUGCUGGCACUCGACGCAUGCGUGGCACCGAUGGUCGUGGUGCGCGCCACCACCGCUAUUAA